AUGGCCAGCACUCUCUUAUGGGCGAGCUUUGCUGCCGCUGCCAUUGCCAUCUUAUUUCUGGUCGCUAUUGUUCAGAAUUCCGUGGAUGAGAGAAGCAUCAUUGCUACUCCGAACAUUCCGCGAGAAAACGGAAUUCUCACAUCCUUUGUGUCGAUUAAGAUCAAGGCUUCAGCGGAGGAGGUCUUCGCAGUGAUGGCAAGUUUUAAGGACUAUUCGACUGAGACUCCAUUUUCUGCGUUCAACUGGAAGAACGUGACCGCCGAUGGAGUGCCCAUGGUGGGCAGUACGGGAACUUUCAAGUUAACUGUCGAUGGCUACGGGUCCCGCAAAAUGCAAGCGGAAUUGACCCUCCUGGAUCGUCAAAGCAAAAGGCUUGCUGUUCUUACUACCUCAUUCAUCCCCUGGCUUUUGGCUUCUGAGCGAGUUCAAGAGGUCGUGCCCAUAGAAGACCACUCUGGCUACUGCGAAUACCGAUCUUGGUGGACGCUUGAAGGGGUUGCUGCUUACUACUUGCUCUUGGCUGCCCAGGAAGACUUCUGUGAAAGUCAGAAACGCUCUGCAGCCGACCUCAAGGACUUCCUGGAGAGACGGAACUAG